AUGCACCCGCUUCAGUGGUCACAAGCAACGAAAAGGCUUCCACCGUGCUGGGUCCACGCCAUUGAUCUGUUUGAUUGCGUCAUCCAAGUCGUCGAUAUAAACCGCCUUUUUCAUGCUGAUGCUGAAUACUAUCUGGAUCGCAACAUCGAUUCGGCAGCAGCCGCGGUUGCAACUGCGCGCCAGCCUGACAUUGAGUACACCCCUGACUACAACAAGUAUACAGCGCGAAUUAAGCGCAGACUUGAAACUGAGGAAACUCUUGCCACUAAAAACCUGCCUGCAGGCUUCACACGACAGUUGAAGUCAGAAUUAGUGUGGGAGGGAGGCUCCAUUGCAAAUGAUUUCGAUUGGAACUUUAUCCUGAGCCCCGAACAUAUUGAGGAACUUGAACACGCCCUUGCACACUUUAAAUCGUUGAAUACGCCUCCGGGCUACAUUGACGAAACAACUUUCCCUUUACCGAAACUACACUUUGCUCUUCGUGAUAUCUCACGAGAACUGCAUUUCGGCCAUGGCUUCAAAGUUAUCAGGGGUAAUCCUGUCACACGAUAUUCUCGGGAGGACAACAUCAUUCUUUCUGCUGACCUUUCAUCGCAUAAUGCUUCUCUUAGGGCACGCCAAGACAGUCGGUACAAUGGUGAGCCGGCAGAUGUAGUCCUCAGUCACAUCAAAGACCUUAGCGCAAGCAAAGAAAAGACAGCAUUGGCCCCCCCGCUUACACGGCUGACAAGCAAGUGUUCCACACCGACAGUGCCGCUGACGGGGGCAAAAGUCGACUGUGCAAGCACUUGGCGAGUCUACAAUGAAUUGGCAGCAACCAGGCCAGAUCUCAUUGAGACGCUAUCACAAGACUGGAUCGCUGACAACUUUGGGAACUCUGAGCAGCCCUAUGCGACCAAGCCCCUCCUGUUUCAUCAACCGGCCACGGCAAAGAUCCCCGAGCGUGUGGUACUGCAGUAUGCUCGAAGAUACUUCACGGGAUUUGGUCCCCUGCCUCAUUCAACGGCAAUCCCUCCGAUCACAGAAACACAGGCUGAAGCGCUGGAUGCGUACGUGAAUAAUUUGGCAGUUUUCCACGCGCGUGAUGGUUUCAAGGACACGCCGGAGCGGCAACGCCACCUCGUUCGCCUCUGGCUUCGGGACCCAGAGUAUUGUUGGGAAACACCGAGUGCUUUGACAUCCAAAUGGGCGCAGUUGUACCAUGGUGUGGCCACAGAUAGGCAGGUCUUCCCAUUGGAGCCGUAUGUGCGAAGCGCUAGUAAUGGAUCUCUGAAGGCCGCUCAAUAG